UAUAUUAAUAAUGAAAUGCCUUUAAUAAUUUAGCCUACAUAUACCACACAGUUACACCCGUCGGGACUUCCUGGUAGGAUUUUCCAGUAAGCUAUUUGUCAAUGAAGAGCGGGAAAUGAACAACCUAAAUAAACUGGCAAUACCGUGCCGGAAGCGAUCUCCCGGCUCCGCUAACCAGACUAUUUAAAAUAAUUCGAAACCGAAAACAGUCGAGUCCAGCCCUCUGUUGCGUCAGUCGAUUCACAAAGCUAUUGGCUCAUUCUGCCGCCCACAGACAACAUUAAAGACCUCAGAGCGGUUUAAAUAAUGACCACUGACAGCUGCUGCUUCAGGAUUCUCUUAACGCGCUUACUUCUCAAUUCGAGGAAUUUGGUUCAAUACGGAAAUACUAUCAAAGGCCACUUUAUAUCGAAAGUAUACGUGCAAGCAUUUUGUUCUGAUUUAACUGUCUAAAAGCAUUCGUGUAGGCUACUUGGAGAUGCCAGCUGCCAUCAUGGACAACUUUGACCAGGGAAGUCCUUUCUCACAAAGUGAUUCUCAAAGUCCUCAUGAUUGGAGCAUUCAGUCGGAGGACCACAGGCACCAUCGGAGAGAAAAAAACAGAGAUGCAGCUCGCAAGAGUCGCAGAAAACAGACAGAAAAGGCAGACUUGCUGCACGAGGCUCUAGAGCAGUCCAAUGCCACAUUCAUAAAAGAAAUUUCUGAGCUGAAGAAGGAGCUUCAACUCUACACCACAGCUUUGGAACAACAUAAACCUCACUGCACUAAACUAUGUCGAUUUGAACCAUCAGUUACUGUUACUGGAGGUCCGUCCACAGCUACACCCUCUACCUCAGAUAUCAAAUUCAACAUUGACCCAAACCUCUUGCCGGACCUGGCAUUCUUACCAGAAAGUAAUUCAGUGGACAUAUCUCUGACAGACCUCCUCGACAGUAGCGACUGGUGUUCUUGGGACUCAGUGAAUGGGAACGGGUGCCUACAGCAGUUUUGAGGUUCUGUUCAGUCAGUUAUGUUUUUAUUUGAUGACGAGGCUUACACACUACUGUAUCCUGCAAACAGCUCUUUUUGUGGUCUUUAGAUGCUAAUGGUGCUAAAAUCUCUGAUCCAUUAAGGUGUGAAUAUGUCGUUUAGUUUAUUUAAACAAUACUUACAGAUGGCAAGAGUUAGUUUACAAGUAGCUAUAUUUUAGAUACGGGCAUUAUUUUUGUUUAUAUGUAAGACCAAAGCCUAAACGUUGGGCUUAGUGAUUGCAUACUUUAAUUCAUUUUGAGUUGAAAAUGUUCAGUUAUUUCAUAAAUUAUAUUUUAAGAAUUUCAAGAAUUAUUUUUUUAAAAUAUGGCCAGUGACACUCAUUGUCGUGUAGAUGUAUGAAUAUAUGCAAAAUACUUUCAAGAUUAAAGCAACUGUGUAGUU